AGGGAGGAAAGCUCCGGGGCAGAGCGCACGUCAGCAGCUUGCGACCGCCUUUCUGGAUGAUCUUUCAUUGGAUAUCUUGGCAUCACUCAUCCGGCACAGGAUGAUGCCCAUCCCACCCGCAGUGAUAGCUAUGGCGGUCCUGGUCCUGCUUCUCUCGGCCGACGCCUUCCUUGCCCCAAGCAGGAGCCCUGCCACCCAGCCCAACAGCCCCUGUUUGUUCCCUCUCCCUCGCCACCAGCGCUUCUACCCAUCCCGGCUCUUCAGCACGGAUACCAUGGCCUUGACGGACACUCUUCGGGAGCUCAUCACGGCGCCGAAAGACAGAGAGGAGGUGCUGGAUGUGUGCAGCCAGCUGGCGGCCACACAGGGGCCUGACAGUGGGGUGCAGGUGCAGGUGGAGCCGCUUCUCCAGGGGGACUGGCGGGUCUUGUACAGCACUUUGGGGCAGCCGAAAAAGAAAAAGGGCGGCUCAGCUGAGGAGCCAGCACCAGCACCAAGACUCCCGCCGGCAGUGCCGCUGCGCUUUCUCUCAUUCGGCGCUUUGCCAGGCAAGCUAAGCUGACAGGAGGAGAAAUAAUAUUCACUCUUGCAUGAGUAUGCGUGUGUGUUCCGUGUGUGACUGGUCUGUCUGUCUGUCUGCAGGGACGAAGGUGUGCGUGACGCGGGGCUUCAAUCGCAUCUCUGACGGGGUAUACAGUCUGGUCAACGUGUUCAAGGUGCCGCCAGAGGACGGCGAGAAGCUCUAUGCUCAGCACCUGCCCGAGGGCACGCCGCCACCGCCGGAGAGCACCGAGGCGGCCAUGGUUCUGUUUGGGCCGUGCUCCUUCCCUGACGGUAGGUGUGGAUGUCUGUCUGUCUGUGUAUCAGUUCACCGGAAGGACGCACUCAUGUGGAGGCGCACGUGGAUGGAGGGAGGGAGGGAGGGAUGGAGGGAUGUGUGUGACGUGUGUGUGUUCAGGUCCGACCACCCAGCGGUGUCAGGUCAAGUUCGACAACGUCCAGGUACACGCUAGCACACUGGGCGAGCUCAGGCAGGCAAUCGUGGAUACGGCCUUCGUGUGUGUGUGUGUGUGCGUCUCGUCAGGUGGUGCCUCUGCUGUCGUCUGAUGGUUUGGUCGACGCCGAGAGCGACAAGAUCGUCCGGGCGAUAGAGAGCAAAGCCGGCCGAGGCGGCACAAUAAUGCCCAAGAGACUCCCAUUCCUAAUCAGAGCUCUCAGGGUGAGGAGGCCGGUCCUCACCCACCACACAAGGACACAACAGCCACACACGCUACGCUGCCGGCACGCAAUGGUGUGAUGUGUGUGUCAACCAAUAAUCACUCCCUCACUCAGGCCGACAAGACCUUUAUCGACAUCACAUAUAUCGACCGUGAGCUGCGUGUGCACGUCGGCAAGAGCGGCCAGAGCUACGUACUCGAGAAGAUACCCGAUGGGACCAUACCCUUCAGAUGGGGCGGGUGGACCGACUGACUGAUCCAUGUGGGAGGCACUGUGGCACUGUGGCAGGCAGUUUCUGAGGCCGUCCGUGUUGUUAAGAGAGGGAGAAGGAGG